GGAUAUCUGCACAACAGUCCUUUACCCUGCUUCAAAGCAACAAUACCGCAGUGUAUUAUUAUUUUCUGUGACGGCUGCCUUUACUCGAAAUGCUUAUUACUUUAAUGAUGCCGGCUAAAUCAGUUUCUUAGACAACAAUUUGACCAUCGCAACCUAGCAAUGACUGUAUUUGCAGUGUACUUCAUGUUUUAUUUCCAGCAUUUAAAUGGAGUGGUAACUCAGUUCAAAGGUCUCCGCUUGAUCAAGAAUUCCCCCUCUUUUGUUGACAAUUCCCCCGAAAACGCAGUCCAGAAUUUAGAUCUUUCUUGCGGCUUCGACAAGGAUCUGUGCUUGUGGUCAAACCAGCGCAGUGCGUCCGCGACGUUCCGGCGAGUGGUGCCGACAUUUACUCCCGACCAUGGCUUGACUGGUGUUCAUCCGCAUUUACUGGCCAACAGUACUUCAUGUGUGCAUAUGACGGUGGCUCGCCUUUUAAGUCCUUGCAUAACUAUCUUAAAAAGCACGCAAAUCUUUUUAAAUUACACGACCUCAAACUCCAAGUACGACACAGAUCUGAAGAUUAUACGAUGGGCCAAUGGCAGGAGUUCGAUCGUAAGAGAUAACGUUUUGCAACCGGGUAGCAGUGCCCGCGUGCUCCUUCAAAUCGUUCUCCAUCCCGGAAAGUUUUUGCAGCUGUAUAAUAUAUCGAUGCAAAAUGCAGGCCAGCGUAUUAUCGCCGGUGACGCCUGUACUGAAUUCCCUGCAGAACCUUUGUUAACCGAAUACCCCCAGGAAUCGACGCUUUCCUGCAGUUUCGAUCGCAACUUUUGUGGUUGACGCCUACCGUCUGAAAUUUAUGCCGGUCACGUGGCAAUAGCCCGAGAACUGUAUGACGACGACGAGGGGGCUUUCGUGCGUGUGCCGAAAGUGGGAAAUGGUGCCGUCGUCCUCCGGCCCAGUGCGGUUCCACCGUUCAAUGGUUAUCCGUGGCGUGUCGGGCCAUUUUACUCGCCGCGGCUGGUGCAACUACAGCCAACCGUCCUCUUUUUCUACUAUCGCGCACAUGGUUAUAUAACUCGGAUCACGCUUAAAGCGGAGUAUACCAAUAGCAGUAGUGUCCUCUUAUGGAGUCAUAAGCGAAGAAGCGACGUCGACUGGGUAUUUGAGAAGGGCGAGUCCUGGAUGCCUGUUCGCAUUCCUCUCUGUCUUCCCGGUCGAUUUCGGUUGGCCUUCGCUGUGAAUUAUGAAUAUCCAAAAAUGUCUUUCUGGCUGGAUGAGCUAACGGUCGACAACGAGAACGGGAGUUUUAUGACCUCCGAGGACGCUUCCGCAAUACUGAAUUGCUCCGUAACAAAUCUUUUGCCGGAAAAGUCCAUUAGCUGUGAUGCACCUGUGAGGAGCGAUGGUGAAGUUGUGUUCUGUGGAUGGCAGUGUCAGAGCGCUCCAGCCAGUAGUUCAGAUCUGCGCUGCAGCGUGGCGAGUGUGGGAGCUGGUGAAGAUUACCAGGUCGUUUCAGCGCUCAAAUUUGAUGCAAGUGGAGUUACGCUUGAGAAAAAGAAGAAAGCGUCCGUAAUUAGUGAAGCCUUUCUGGUGUCAACGGACUCGCAGCUGUACAUUUCCUAUGUAGCAGUUGGAACGCCUUUUCGGAUUGUUGUUGCAGUCAGAAACACUGAUACACCCACUCAUGAGGACCGCUUUUGGUUAACCGUGAAUGAAACCAGUUUUACCGAAGAUGUCACUCAAUGGCUAGGUCAUUACAUAUCUUUUCCUCCACAUCUAGACCAUCGCAUUGUUGAGGUGCGAAUAACGAUAACGUUCUCGAUCAUCAAAAGAGAUCCACCUCUUCCUCCGGUAUACUUUGCUAUUCGCAGUAUGUGGUAUACUGCAGAGAAAGGUUUCGGUAUGAACGAGCAGAUCGACCGGCUGCCGGUAGCAGCGUCAUGUGACAGUUCCGGCUACGAAAAUGUUACCUGCAAUUUUGAGCACGAAGUAUGUGAUUGGCAGACGAGUGGUUUACCUCUCCGCAACAACAGUUCCAUUAGCGGUUGGAUGUGGGCGUCGGAAACUGUGCAACUGAGAAAAACAUUUCCAGUAGCGGAUAAGAGCAUACAGGAAUUGCACACUAGUUAUCAUUUGCCUAUAAAAAGCCAGCUACAAUUCGCAUACCGCGUUGAUGGACGUGGUCACGCCCUGCUGGGUCUGCUAAUUCGGACAAAGGAAAAUUAUUUCAGGUUGUGGCAUGUUCCGUUGACGACGCAUACACAGGAGGGACUUGGUCAGUGGAACACUGUUCUAAUCGAUGUGUGUGUGAAGUUUCCGUUCCAGCUUGUUUUCCAAGUGGCAGUUGCUUACGGAGACACUGCGAUAAUGCUGGAUGACAUCGUGUUGCAAGAUGAAUGUCAACCUCUGGAAUACAAUGCAAAUUGCAGGCAGCUGGAUAUUUUGACAUUGCCAGUGGGCAGAAUACCUGUGGAAACUGAAAUUAAGCAGCAGUUAAACGGAGAGCUAAGCUGCGCAUUUGACAACGACCACAUGUGUGGAUGGCACAAUAACGAUGAUACGCAACUCCAAUGGCACUCUGCAGAAGACCCCGAUGCUUCGAACAACUUUGUCGCAAAGCUAGAGUGGGAUAGUUCGGCAAUAAUGUUGCCUUCUUUUGCAUACCUUGUUGGCUCGCAAAUGCCGGCACACGUGAUCCCGAACAAGGUCUGUGAUCAGCUUGAAUUUCAGUUCAACAUCUCCAUCAGCAAUCAUCAGACCGUUCAUGUGGAGCUCUAUAUAGCCCACAGCGGCAGUCUCAAACCAGAAAGCAUAUUGUGGAGUUCGAAUUCGAUAUGUUCUACUAAUCGAACAUCAAGCGUUGUCCGGCUGGUAUUGCCGGAAGUGGACACUGCGGAAUCUUCUCAAUUCGUUUUUGUUGCCACUGUGGUUGAUACACGGGGCUUUGUUUUGCUAGACGACAUUCGGCUGAACCUUAUCACCGAUCAAGGGAAAGGUUGGAAGAUAUUUUUGUCUGUCCUUUUCGUUGCCGUUCUGUACACGGGCUGUUUUUUCCUAACGCGGAAAAAUACAAAGGUUUCGGAUUUAAACCGACAGCUAUUGCUUGGACAUGUACCGCUACCACUACUGGAGCAAUACGAGCUACCGUACUGGUGGUUAAAGUUUGCGAAUCAAGAUUUGGGAAAAGGUCGUUUCGGCUGCGUGCAGGUAGCCUGGAUAUCGCAAAAGCAAAAAAUAUCCCAAGCCGUUGCCGUUAAGGGUUUGCAUCCCCAUCACUCGAUUCGCGACAGAGAUCGCUUUCUGGCCGAGAUGGCACUGUUCAUGAAAAUCGGGAAGCAUAAGAACAUCGUGGAGCUGAUUGGAGUCACGACUCAAGAUUUAACCAUCGUCAUGGAAAACUGUGUCGGUGGAUGCUUGCUGGAAUUUGUCAAAAAGGAAGAUAAUUUUCCUUCCUGUAACGCUUUUUUGCAUGAAGAAUAUUGUGAUGACAGAGACAUGUCCAGAGAAGCCACUCGACUUCUGGUCUUCCCUUACGAUGUAGCUCGUGGAAUGGAUUUCUUAGCAAAUCGGCAUAUUAUGCAUGGCGACCUUGCCGCACGCAACAUACUACUGGAUGCCAAAUUAAGGGCAAAAAUCGCAAACUUUGGACGUGCUCGGUUCGAAGGAGACUUGGAAAUGGUCGCCGAGAACGAAGAUAAUCCCCUCCCGGCGCGGUGGAUGGCUCCCGAAAUUCUGACAUCAGGAUUUGGCCCUUGUCAAUGUCGAAGCGAUGUCUGGUCUUUUGGAGUCUUAGUAUGGGAAAUUUUUACACUGGGAGCCAAACCUUACGACGAUAUCGUCAACACCCAGGACUUGACGUGUGCAGCGCUGCUGCAGUAUCUUCAAACUGGUCACAGGUUGCCAGCGCCUCGCCUGCUGCCAGAAGCUCUGUAUUGCAUUUUGACUGCGCUUGAUUACGGGGGCGACGCUGGCGAUAACAUUGUUUUUUUUCCACAGAUCAGGGAAAGUCGGCAGUUGUUGGAAUAUAUCGCCGGAAGAACGACCGAACUUCCGAGAAUUGGUGGUCGUGUUCGCCGAUGCCUUGCCAACGGAAGUCAAAGACGAAUACGUUGCUUGUGGCGAUGAACGUGCAGUUACUUAACGAGUCUUAAUUACAGAUUUUUUUUCUGAGCUAAAGUUUUUUUUAAUUGAAUUACAUCGGGUACUACACAAGUAACAAUUAUAGAUAGUGUUCACAGUACGUUGAUUGCUUGCUUCAUCAUUAUUUCGCUACUAAAAGCACAGCCCUAUUAACAAAGGUGUUGCGUAUUGUAGAAGCGGCAAGUUCUGUGACUUCGUGCGUAUGUGAAAUUUGAUGAUAACAAA